CGUGGAGUAGCGACCAUUUUUGUUGCGGGCUGCCUCGCACGGUAGUGUUGGGUCUUCUGUUCGCAGCAAGCGCCCAUAGCGGUGGCGUGGUGGUGAUAGUGUGACCGUCCAUCUUUUCCUGUCCGCCAUCUUAAAAAUGGGCGGGAAAGACAGGAACACAUGAAGCGAGAGCCGCCUUGAGAUAUUCCUCUUCCUCCUCCAUUGCCAAGUGUCCCGGAAGUUGACCGAGGGAAAAGGAAGCGAAUGAGGAGUUGCUUCUUGGCCUUGAUGGCAACAUCUGGGGGAGUUGGGCACAGAAGGAGGGACUGAGCGGGGGCAGCCAGGCUCUCGUGCCGGCGGCUCUCCCCGCUUCUUCCUUACAUCUCUGACAGGCGGGCGCCGACGAGGAGGAGAACGACGACUAAUCCACCUGCCGGCCGCCUUUGCUGGGUGAGCGGGAGGGUCGCCGGCCAGCUCAGCCUCUCUGCUGCUGCCGCCGCCUCUCACCUCCUCGCAGGGAGUCGGGGGAGCGCGCGUCACUUGAGCUGCCCGCAGCUGGAUCGGGACUGCGGAGGGGAGGCGAGGAGAAGCGCGGCCUGUGGCACUGGCUGUUCCGCCAGGUUCUUCUCGCCCGACUAGGGAGCCUGCAGUGGGCGCGGGGCCCUCUCCCACACCCGGCUCUGAGCUUCUUGGCAGGCGGGCAGGUCUCGGGUGCGCGACGGGGCGGCCUCUGGCUUGUGGAGGGAAGGGGGAGGAAGAAGGGGGGGGAGGCCGCCCUGCCGCCUGCUGCUUCGUGCAGCGCCCAUGAGGUGCAUCCCCUCCUCGUCUGGGGUCGUGAAGGGCCGCCUCGGGUGAAUUGAGCGCCCCGCUGAACAAGAAGCAGAAGCCGGCCAUGGACGACCUUUUGUCUAUCAGCCUGCUCUCCCUGGCGAUGCUGAUUGGCUGCUACGUGGCAGGAAUCAUCCCUUUAGCCGUGAACUUUUCCGAGGAAAGGUUAAAGCUGGUCACGGUUCUUGGUGCUGGGCUCCUCUGUGGAACAGCCUUGGCUGUCAUUGUGCCUGAAGGAGUACAUGCACUCUAUGAAGAGGUUUUGGAGGGACAAAGGGAAAUAUACACAUUAAAGCACCACCCAGCCAGUGAAAGUCAAAAGGUAGUUGAAUCGGAGAAAGCUGCAGAUGUGCCAGAUGUGCACGAGCAUGAGCACACCCAUGAUCAUUCGAGAUUACAUGCAUACAUUGGAGUUUCCCUUGUCCUUGGCUUUGUCUUCAUGCUUCUGGUAGAUCAAAUUGGCAGUUCUCACGUACACCCUACAGAUGACCCAGAAGCACCAAGGUCAGGCAACUCCAAAAUUACUACUACAUUGGGACUAGUUGUCCAUGCUGCAGCUGAUGGUGUUGCCUUGGGUGCAGCUGCUUCAACAUCUCAGACCAGUGUCCAGCUAAUAGUGUUUGUUGCAAUUAUGUUACAUAAGGCACCAGCUGCCUUUGGCCUCGUCUCUUUUCUUAUGCAUGCUGGCCUUGAACGAAAUCGAAUCAGGAAGCAUUUGCUGGUUUUUGCACUAGCAGCACCUAUUCUGUCAAUGGUGACUUACUUGGGGCUAAGCAAGAGCAGUAAACAAGCACUUUCAGAAGUGAACGCCACUGGAGUUGCCAUGCUCUUCUCAGCUGGAACUUUUCUGUAUGUUGCUACCGUUCAUGUCCUCCCUGAAGUGGGUGGAACGGGACAUAGCCACAAACCUGAAUCUGCUGGAGGAAAGGGACUCAGUCGUUUGGAAGUGGCAGCUUUGGUCUUGGGCUGCUUGAUUCCUCUGAUUUUGUCCAUUGGUCACCAGCAUUAAAGGUCUGAAGUCCACCAACCUUCGACUCCUCAGUCUGGUCUGAGCAGCAGUCUGUUGUGUCAGCUGCUCUUUUAUCAUUGUCUCUCUUACCCUGUUAACUGCCCCAUCCGUUUAAGGAGUCAGAGAGAAGCAUGAUUGCAAAAGAAGGAAUUCUGGGAAAGCUUUUAGUGUAGCAGACAGUAUUUUUGAUGGCCAGAGAUAAAUUCUGCAUAACUUCCCUUUUCUGAAGAUACUUUAAUUAUGACUUCCUGCCCUAUUCUCAGGGAAGUUGGAACUUAGAUUUUAUGACUGAUGUUUUGGGAAGAACGUUGUGGCUCAUUAUGAAAUCAUAAUCACCAAAGUAUUCUGUAUGUCAGCAUUCACAGCUGGCCUCCUGACGUUGGAUGCUGCCUUCUAACAUGUGGGACUACUUUUCACCACCUCAAGAUUUUACAUGUUAUAUAAUGGUGGCACGGACCGUCCCGGAGGAAGUAUCUGAUGUAGGUUUUGGACAGUGUCAUUGAAAAGACAAAGCUGUGAAGAAAUAUUUGUGGCAUGAAACACUAGGCAAGUUUAACCAUCCAGAUAGGAUUCUUCCAUUGCAGGAAGUGCACCUAUUUUGCUCCUUGUGUGUAACAAUCUAUACACUAGAAUGAGGAUGCCAUAUUGGGCUGGUGGUUUGGUGGUUUUGCACUCUGAGGAGUGGGGGCUUAUUGGAAUGGACACUCUACAGACCUAUUUGCAAAAAGUAGAAUGUUGAGUCCUGGACAACAACAGGAAAAGGUUCCCAAAGCAACUCUCUCUCUCUCAAAGCAGAUACUUUAAUACUUACCAUUAUAAGCAUUCUAAAUUAUUGUGAGCCUGUUAGAACUGAGCCUCAUUUUCUCUGGAAUAUUUCAAUCAGGUCUGAGUGGAAAUGCUGCUCUGGAAUGUAGGGCCAGUCAAUAAUGCCUUUCCAUGUAAAAUAUGCUACCUUUUUAGCCAGGGAACUUCAUUUCAUUGUGAAAGAAAUGGCAGGAGCUGGGGGCAGAAGCCUAGAACAAAGGUAUAUGUUGAUUAUUGGGACACAGUUUUGACAUUAGUCUUGAAAUCUUUUCUACUUUCUUUGCCAAACGUUUCUCAGAGAAUAAUCAUAUUUUCACUCUUUAGAAACAAGAUACAAGUAUGAAAUAACUGGUUUUUCUAGCACUGGUUAUUUCUUACUGGCAGAGAUCUAUUUUCUUCCUUUCCCAUCAGUUCAUAGCCCUGAAGCCAGCGUAACUCAGACUCUCUUCCAUGUCUAUAUUUGCAGAGAAUAGUGGUAUGAUCUGGCAUCUACAAAGCCACUUGCCAGUGGCGAGUGCCCCCAGCCCUUGAGCGAACAGGACACCCAGCAACACACAGAUCUCCUCACCAGAGCUCUUUUCCAUUGCCAUUUUUGAGAAGGUAGAAAACAGCCAGAAUUCUUUCUGAGCAGUAGGAGAGUGUUCCUACUGUUUCUUACCAUCUCCAUAUCCCAGUGCAAGUGACAGGCGACCCACCCGUCUCUCUGCCUGUGUGCCAGAAAAGCAUGCAGAGGGGAUUUGUGGCACACACAAAUAAUGGCUGGCUAGUGAGCUAAGCAUAAGUUUAUGGGUCUCUGGGUAUGGUUUUUGGUGAGGCCUAUAUUUUGAAUUUGUGAUGACUUCUGACUGAUGAUAUUGGUACAGCAGCAGUAGUCAAAAUCAGGACUUCGCCAGGGAUCUUGCCUUUUUUUUUUUUUUUUAGUGAGAGGAGUUAAUAUUGGUAAAUUAAGUUUAAAAUCGGCACAGAAUAAUUAGUGGGCAGCAUCCAGACUAAUCCAGUCUGGAUGCUGUCUGGUGUUGAUUUUUUUAAAAAGUAACAGUAGAACCAACUUAAAACCAACACUGAGUUGACCUACUCAAUGUGUCCCAUCCUGCCAGCUACAUGAGGCACACAAGAAACUUGGAUAAACCUCUUGUUCUUGUUGCUUGCCUUGUGUAAAAAGAGAGAGAGAGAGAGAGAUUGUCAAAUUGCUGGUGAGCUUGGUGCAUUGUGUAGGCUUGCUGUACAGUUUUCUAAAUGUGAGCCUUCUUCGAAAAUGUAUAAAUGCUUUCCUCCUGAUUAGUUUGAGUUUCAUUUCUGUAUUAUAAAACAGAAAUUCUCCCUUAUAAACUAGCACAGAGAAAACAGAGCUGAAGUAACUGGUACAUGAACCAAUGUGGCUUAUAUGCAUGUUCUAUCUGCCUACUUAAUGACUGUGAAAGUAAACUGGGCAUAAGAAUGAUGGAAAGUCAAGUCUGAUCUGCAACAGUGGUCAGGAUGAUAAGAAUCUUGCUUCUGAGUCAGCAAGCAGGAAAAUGGUGGGGACUUGGGAUUGUUUUGGUGAACAACAAACUUGAUCUGAAAUUUAAUAGAUACAGAGGUACUUGGUGUAGGAAUUUGAUUAUAAGCCACACCAAAGAAUCACUUCUGCUUUCCGAGUAUUAUGUUGAAUAUUUGAGAUAAUAGCAUUGUGAUAUCUCAGUAAUCCUUCUGUAGGACAGAGCUGACUUCUGCAGUUGUCUCAAGCUUGAUUGAAGAAUUUUGGCCAGAAGCUGCCUGUGCUGGAUCACUUCCUAUUUAUGAAAAAUCUCUGCCAAUACUGGCUUUCCUGUUCACGGAGUCUGGGCCUAGUGCGCUUGGCAGGAAGCCUGUGUUUUAACUCAAGCAUUUGAGACAGUGAGGCCAUGCACACAGCCAUGGAGGAGGAGGGCAGGUGGGGCGGAGGCAUGGAUGAACAUACCUCCCCCCUGCCCUCCAGAUGAUCAAUGGGCUCCUCUUUGGUGUGCUGGUGUGUGCCCAUACAAGCCACGCUGAUCCCAGCAGUGCGGAUCUCUGGAGGCCAGGAAAAUGAGACUCUGCCUCCAGGAAUCCCAGAAUGCACCACAUGAGGAGUGCAGUGCUUUGAGGGAUUCCCAUGUGAAUUAGGCACUCUAGGUGCCUGACUCUGUGUACGCUCAGGCUGUGUGCAGCCUGAGCAUACACUUGGUCCCAGACCUGGGUUAGAGGGUGCACUCGCACCUUCUAACCUGGAUUAAAGGCUGGGUAAAUAACCCGGGCUUGUGGCAGAGGCAACACUGAUCCUAGUGCUGUAGGCUGGGCUGCCCUAGCCUGUGCUGGGCUGCUCAUCUGCCCAGCCUCAAAGUCUAGGAGUCAAUAUACUGAAUCGAUCACACAUUAUGCAGGGGAAAGGCAAGGUGUGGCACAGAAUAGCAAAGGCUUGUGAGAAUGACCAUUUCCAAGUAUGUUCAGGCAAAAUUUAAGAUGAAAUUUAAUCAGGACCAAUGCUGUUCCACCAGUACAUACUCAGCAUUUAAUGAUUCCCUCUCCCAACACUACCACUUUAAUCACUACUGUGUGGUGACAAGGGUGCCUUGGUGCUUCACCUAAAAAGGACUGCAAGUAUUAUCAUAGAAGUGGCUAGCAACAAGAAGGGAAUGUUUAGAUUAUGAAGAACAGGCUCUAGCAGCAUACCAAAUGUUUUGUAUCCAUCUUAAUUAAAAAAAAAAUUCCAAGUUGAAGUAAAGUAUUUACUGUGUCCCAGCCUAAUAAUCAUUUGAAUUCAGGACUUCUGCAGUCUAGUUCCACUCCUCACACAUUUUAUUUAUCAACUUCAAAGAGUGGUCUAGACUCCAACAAUAGACUAUGGGAGAUGUGGACUAUUGAGAUGAAGAAGCAUAAUUUAUAACUUCUUGCACAUCUAGUCUCUGCACCUUCAGCUAUUCAUAUCCGUUGAAAGUGGAAAUCUACCUAAGAUGACAUACGUGGACAGCAUUAUGUUCAGCCAUUUUACUAUUUUAAUGCUAUUUUUCACAAAAUAAAGGGAUGAUCUCUUGCCUAGCAGAGGAAAAUAAACUUAAUUUAUAAUACCUGUGCGGGUGGUAGAGCAGGCAUUUUAAGGGAAUACAGAAUCUCCAACCAAACUUGGAUGGACACUUCUCGGAAUUUCUGAAAGUGAUAAUUUGAAAUGGUAGAAAACUCCUCUUAAUUCUUCAGAGAGGGCUCCACAUCCUGCCUUCCAGGUAGUCUCGAUAAUAGCAGGUUUGCAUUAUUCAUAGCCAGCCGUAUUAGACUGGGAAAACUUGAACUUAUGUGUUGUGCUGCUGUGUUAAGCUCUUUCUUGAUGAACCACAGGAGAACAAGCAACAUUCAGAAGCGGAAUAUCGGUUUCAAAAGGAGAUCAGCUUCUCUGUGCUUUAGUUACGUCUGAGCAGCUCUGACUUUGUGGGCACGGUGUUCCCCAGUCACAGUUGUAUACCUGAUUCUGUGUACUAAAGUGUAAUUUUAAUGUCUUUUUCAAGAUUAUUUGUACACAUGAAAUCAUUCCAUGGAUGGCUGCCUUAUUUUUGAUUUUUUUCCCACUUUAAUUGUGAACAGUUUAAAAAAUAUUGUUUUUAUUAUAUUAAAAAAUUUAUUAGCUUCA